UUCAAACUGAAUUCAUUUGCAAAAUUAUUCCAGCAACAAAGACAAAUAAAAGGUUGUAAUUUUUACAAGAAGCUCGUUUAAUCUUAUAACACGAUCGUCUAACGAAGAAAAAGAAACAUCAGUAUUAAUCGAACGAGAUGCUCUUCCUUUGAAAACAGGAAUCCCUUAAUGACAAAAAUAAAGGCACGCGAGUUAACGAGAAGCAUCCAAGAAUGAGAGGCGUGCGAUUUAUAAUAAUGUUGAUCGUUCGAGCAGGAAAGCGAUGAUAGAAAACGAAUGCAAGAAACUUUGAUCAUCGUGCGUCGCAUGGAACGCGACAACGCGUUGAGAGGGGGAAUAGGAAAUUUACGAGGCGUUAAAAAAAUGGAUAACAACGGUGUAGAAACGGCUAGCAAUAAAAGAGGCGGCAGGAAAAAAUUGUGAACUGGUUAAUUUAGCGUUGAAGAUAACGCGUGAGCGUGGUUAAACCGUGGAACACGCGAGUGGACAGACAGGUGAAAGAGGGUGCAGCGUGUGUCGUGGAUAACUGAAACGCGUGAGAAAAAAAAAGUAGAUAACUCUAAUUUUUUUUAAUUGACAUGGAUGUUCUGCUAUAAAUUUUUCAAAUUUUUCUCAAGGACCCUGCUUUUUUCAUAGAUCGCUGGAAAUAGUAGAACGAUUUUGGAAAGGAAAAUUCAGCAAGGUACACACCGUAACGUUUUCUCCCUCUAUCGCACGGGUACCGCGCGCGGUUUGUGUCGUCCGUUCGCGACGUCGCAUUUAAAUAGUGUAUGUAGGUACAUACGAGAGAGUUUAGAGACGAGGUAGGCAGAGGGGUUUCCGGCGAGCGUUAACAGAGUAACAGAGUGAUGUAAUGAGGCCCGGAAGCAGGCAAUUUGCUGGCCGCGGCGGCCGCAGUUGCGCGAGACAACCUGCCCGGAGUACCUUCUUCUUGAUAUCGGGUCCAGCCUCUUCUCCGUCUCGAUAUCCGACUUACUCGUCGUGUCACUUUCCAUCAACGUUCAACUCAACCAUCAUUUUCUUCUCCAGUGUUCGACCAAGAACACGGUGGUGGCCAUUCGGUUCAGUGAAAUUCCUCAAAGUUGGAAAAUAAUGCUCUGUAUUCGAUUUCUUAGAGCCUUAUCAAACAUUAAGAUUGCCAGAUGAACCAAGAAGAACUGGUGGAAAAUUUACAAAGAGCCCGCAAGUGGUGAAAAGUUAAAUUUCAAGAUUUGAAAAUUUUUAAAAAGAUGCUGAAUUGGAAAAAUAUCCGAACGGAUGGAACGAAUUCGUUAUCGUUCCUAAGUAUCACGAUAUUGUAUGAUUUUAAUAAUACAUUGGAAUAUUGAAGAUAAAUAAUCGAAGGAUAGAGGAGAAAUUAUUGAACGAACCGAUAACAACUAACAGGACAAGGAAAUCGUGUACUCGGAGACCGCCGGAGGUGCACCGUGAUUAUGUGAACAGUUUUGUGAACGUGAUUAAAUUGACCUCGAUACAUUGUGAACAUCCGCGCGUCCAUUUCGAGCUGUUUGCUUUGUUUCGAGAUGAAACGAUGAUGCUAGAAGACAGCGGGGAUUUCUGAACCUGUGCCUGACAUUGAAUCUUUCCUUUAUUUUCAUUUCAACGAUCUAUCGAUGGUUAACGUGGACGGUGUGCAGAUCGCGUUUUAUCGUGGACAUCGUCGCAGCGACAGCAGGGGUUCUUUGGUGAUGUACGACAGCGCUAGCUGUUCGUACGCAGGUGCGCUCGAAUUAAAGGGAGCCUCCGGGGCAGGAGCCGCGGCCGCGGCCGCAGGUGUAACCGCGGCCGGCGUUAAGCAGGAGAAUUGGCCGUAUCGCGGUCUUACCUGCGGCAGCACCUUUCAAAGAUUAAAAGAAAGCGUCGACAAAGCUAAACAAGCACUCGCCGAUCGAGGUGGAUAUCUAUCCGGUGCAUUCUCACCGCCGCCACGUGCCAAUCCAUCCGCCAUUUCGCCGACCGCCUCCAUCACCGAUGCCAGCAGCUCGUACAAAGGAGGCUGGAGCCACGCCACGUCACCAGCCCCUGGACAGGGAUACGGAAGCAGCUUAUCCAAGUCAGCAUUGGACACGCACACCCACCUCAGGCAGCCUGAUCCCUACCAAAUGUUUGGAGCGACGAGCAGCCGUCUGGCGAGCUCCGGUUCCGGUCAGAUUCAACUGUGGCAAUUCUUACUCGAGCUACUGUCAGAUUCGAGUAACGCAGCGUGUAUUACGUGGGAAGGAACAAACGGCGAAUUCAAGUUGACUGACCCUGACGAGGUGGCGAGACGUUGGGGCGAAAGGAAGUCCAAGCCUAACAUGAAUUACGACAAAUUGUCGAGGGCUUUGAGGUACUACUACGACAAGAACAUCAUGACGAAGGUCCACGGCAAGAGGUACGCGUACAAAUUCGACUUCCAGGGUCUGGCAGCGGCGACUCAACCAGCAGCCGCGGACCCAGCCGCGUACAAAUACCAGAGCGAGUUGUUCAUGUCCGGUUACGGGCACGCUAAAUUGAACCUCAUGCCACCACCAGCCGCCUCGGUGUCGGUCUCCGUUCCAGGAGGACUGUUCCAAUCAGCCUCCAGCUACUGGUCCACGAGUCCAGGUGCGAACCUGUACGCGGGACACCACACGGCCUCCGGCCAUGUGCCGCCUCAUCUGGGCACCUAUCCCCAUUACGCAUGACCCACCGCCGAACACUGGGGCGCCCUGGGUACGCCACGUUAAAACUUUCUACCAAGAGAAUUCAAAGACCGUCGCCAUCGCGGUCAACCUGUGCCGUCGGCCUGUGUAUCCCAACAAUGAUCGUAUUUGGGAAUGGGAUCGUCCAUGAGUCGUUCGACGGGUGUUGUUGAUCGAGUGUCCUCUGUUAUACUAAAAAAAGAUUUUCUUUUUUACAAUUUCUUUAUCUUUUAACUGUUGAAUUUUAUUAAAUUUGUGAUACCUGUCACCGGUGCUCCUCGUAGCAUUCAAUGCGUCACAACGAUUGAUAUUUCUCAUUUUAAAUGUUCAAUGUAAUUUUCAUUUCUGUGAGCUUCAUUGAUAGUCGACGUGCAGAUUAGACCUGGAUAAAUAAACAGUGACACUAUGAAUUGAUUGUCAUCUACUAAACUUGCAGAAGGAACAAGUUUCAAAGCGCAGGUGGACAGAUUAAACGACAGAACCGAUCAACGCAAGCAUCCUUCCUGUCGCGAUCAUUCGAUCCACUUCCUUGGCAGCAAGUUGACCAACGUGGAUCGACUGUUCCAGAUGCAUCCGUUCAUGGCCGACGGUACGCUCGAAUUAUUGUAAGAACGUUGUACAUACAAUAUAAUGGAUUACGUAAGUACAGGGUACGUUCGCAAGACUAUUCUCGUCAAUCGUUUUGUCUCUUCGGCGUUUGAAACGAAUAUCAAUUAGAAACUAUAAAUGAAUUACUUUACGCAAACGGAAAGAGUCUGUCAAAAAUUCACGAACCUUGAUUUUCUAUUCGUUUCUGAUCCAUUGCAAGAGAAAAUAAAUCGUGUGUCGAGAAUUAUCCUGUCCGAGAAGACGUCGCCUUGUACACUAAUAACAAACCGGCGUACUUCCGCUGAGGAACGUCGGCAUUUCCGACUGGAUGGAAUCGAACAUGUUCAUUUUGACGCGUAGACAACUCGUUUUUUUUUUUAUCGUUCGAUCGAUCUAAUCAAACGUGACAAUUAAUUGAACUCCAAAAAAUCAAGAAGAACCUUUCGUUGAUAAAAAUGUGUCCAUGUUCGAUUCGGGCCAAGAGUAAUGCGUGUAUUAUAAACUCUUUUAACUUAUUUGUUACAUAACGAAGUGUAGAUAGAGAAACCGCAUGUCGUCGUUCGUGAAAAUCAUCGCGAGACACGCUGCUCGUAAAUAGUUGGCGCACAUUCAAAGGACACACUACGGUUCUCAUACGUUCUCUAUGCCACGCGCAACAAUUUUACAACGAAGUUCGCGCUAACGUGUUUCAGUGUUACUCGGGACUGUGUGCAUGCGUGUGUGAAUUAACACCUUACCAAUCGACAGUUGAAAAGCAUUUAACAAACUCCUGAUUCGCUUCUGACUCGAUGAAAAUAAUAAAAUUAAGAAAAUCUUACUUUUAUUUAUAUAAAGGUAGGUAAGGUGUUAACCGCGAGCGACCAACGAAAUUUCUACGUUGAUUAGAAUUCAACCAGGAAGUUUCAUUUUCUCUUCAUCUUGCCCCCUAUUUUUUAAGAAUUCUUCAUUUCGUCGAGUUCGUAUCUAGUACCUGGUAAGAGAAGCAACAGUAAAGUGGCACAGUAUAAACAAAAA